AUGGCACCCAAGAUCCUCUUCGUUCUCACUUCCCACAACAAGCUGGGCAACCUGGACAAGCCCACUGGCUGGUACCUGCCCGAGCUAGCCCACCCCUACCACGUCCUACACAAGAAGGCUGAGAUCACCGUGGCAUCGCCCAAGGGCGGCGAGUCUCCUCUGGACCCCUCAUCCGUCGAAGCCGCCAAGGACGACGUCUCUGUCAACUUCCUGAAGAACAACGAGUCUGUUUGGAAGAACACACAAAAGCUAGACCAAUUCGUCGGUAAAGCCAAGGACUUCGAUGCCAUUUUCUACGUCGGCGGCCACGGGCCUAUGUUCGACCUCGUUGAUAACCCGAUCAGCCAGCAGCUGAUCCGCGAGUUCUGGGAGGCGGAUAAAAUUGUGUCGGCGGUAUGCCACGCACCAGCCGUCUUCUACGACGUUAAACUCUCCGAUGGCAGCCUGUUGGUUGCCGGCAAGGAAGUCACGGCUUUCACGAAUACGGAGGAGGAGCAAGCUGGUUUAACAGAUGUCGUACCCUUCCUCCCAGAGAAUGCGCUGCAGAAGGCAUCUGGUGGCAAGUUUGUUAAGGCUGCUGAGCCUUGGGGUGAGAAGGUCGUCAUUUCCGGACGUUUGAUUACAGGACAGAAUCCGGCCAGUGCGACAGCUGUUGGUGAGGCUAUCGCAAAGGCGCUUGGAAUCUAG